AUGCCAUUCCGUCUUGACAUCUGCCAGAAUUCGAACACUGGCAGCAAAGCCAAGGAACGGAUCUCUCCGAGACAGGCUGUAAUUGCCAACGCUCCGUCGGCGACCCGGAGAGGGAAACCAGGGCCUCUGUGCUUCGAUGACGGCAAGAGGCGUAUCGACUUCGUGCUCGCCUUCGGCAAGGGCGGCGGUUCGGUGGCGGAGGACACGCGGAAGGUCUUCGAGCAGAACCUCCUUGAGGCCGGCCUGGAACUCGAGCGGGUGGACGGACACGUGUCCGCCGCAGAAAAGAUCACCUUUGUCAAAAUCCACGCUCCUUGGGAUGUGAUCACGAAGUAUGCAGAGAUGCUCCACCUCAUGAUGCCGGUCAAGGAAUUUGUGCUACCAGACUCGAUGAUGAUAGUACCCAAAGACCAAGAGAAGCCUUCUUACGAUGCUAAAAGGUUCUUUCGUAGCAUUCCGCAGUCAGUCAAGCUCUGGGUGCAGGAUAGGGUGGGAGUCGACUCUGUCGAAAGGGCCGCUGAGCUAGCCGAAGAGUACGCGACGCGUAGAAAGCUGAGCGGAGAGGAAAGCGAACCAGGCCGGAGCGAUCGCGCUGUACGUAAGCCCUUCCAACACCAACAGGGAAACGGCUCGCGAGAUAAAAAGUCCGAGAAGCCCGAAACAGAAAAAAAGGUCCCCGAAAAGAAAGCAGAUCACUCGAACGGAGACGAGGCGCAGAAAAACCAAAGAAAGCAGUUCGAGGCAAGGAAGCCGCUCCUGUGCUACAACUGUCAGGAGCCGGGGCACAUAGCGGCCAGAUGUAACAAACCGCGGGUUGUGUUCUCGUACGUGAACGGUAGUGACGAGAACCUGAAGCUUCUUCGUCCCUAUCUUCACGAGCUCCAGGUAAACGGAAAGCCGUGCAGGGUGCUUAGGGACAGUGCAGCGACGAUGGACGUUGUUCAUCCGUCGUAUGUAACUGCAUCCGACUUUACUGGAGAGGUAGCUUGGAUCAAGCAGGUGCUCGAAGAGCACAGUGUCUGUCUGCCUAUGGCGAGAGUAAAGAUAACUGGCCCGUUCGGAGAACUAGUGACAGAGGCGGCUGUCUCGCAAACAGUCCCGUCGGAGUAUCCCUAUUUGUUCUCUAACCGGUCAGAUUUCUUGCUGCGCGAAAGGGGUCAACAGCUGGGAGAAGGACUGGUUCAGGCGUUGACGAGGUCCAAAUCGCGUCAGCUUGCCCCUUUGUUGACCAGUAAGCCAGAGCCAGAAGCAGCUAACGGGGAGCAAGCACUUUCAGAGUUGGAGGCAGAGAAACGGGAUGAGGGGGACCAGGUUGUAGAACAGCCCGACCUCGUAGCACCAGAAAGCGUACGAGGCCCCAACGCGUCGGCGCAGGAGGCGGAGGAAGACGGGGUCGUUGAGGGGUCUCUCUUAGCUCCGACCUCACGUAAUUUUGAUCGUCUGUUGCGGGUGGACAGAGCGUCUCUGACAGCCGAGCAGAAGAGCGACCCUAGCCUGUCAAGAUUGCACGAUACAGCCAAGGAGGGUAUUGCUAGGGCCAAUGUAACGGUGCAUGAAAAAGACGGAUUGUUGUAUCGGCACUACAAAGACCGCAAAGGUAGGGUCUUAGAUCAGUUGGUUGUUCCGACAAAGUACCGUGAUGACCUUCUGAGUCUUUGCCACGGAAAUUGCUGGUCAGGUCAUCUAGGUGUGAACAAAACGAAAGAAAGGUUGCUGGGAGAGUAUUACUGGCCGGGGUGCUUCAAAGACGUAGAGCGCUACGUAAAGUCGUGUGAUGCAUGCCAGCGAGUCGGGAAACCGGGAGAGAAAUGGAAAGCUCCAUUAAAACUCGUCCCGCUGAUCUCGGAGCCAUUUCGUCGACUUGUGAUCGACACAGUUGGCCCAUUGCCCAGAACUAAGUCAGGCUAUAAGUACCUGCUCACCAUGAUCUGCCCGGCAACCAAAUUUCCAGAAGCGAUUCCUCUGAAGGAACUCAGCUCGUCGGAGAUAGUCGACGCUCUGUUGACGGUUUUCGCGCGGAUCGGAUUUCCCGCGGAAAUUCAGGCUGACCAGGGCACAGUUUUCACAAGCGCAUUAACGACCACGUUUUUGCAGAGGUGUGGGGUGAGGCUGAUACACAGUUCCGUGUAUCACCCUCAGUCUAACAGCGUGGAGAAAUGGCACUCUGUGCUCAAGAGAGUGUUACGCGCGUUGUGUCACGAACACAACGAGGACUGGGAAAGCUGUCUCCCAGCAACUAUGUUCGCUCUGAGAACUGUGCCUCAUGAAGCCACUGGUUUCACGCCGGCCGAGUUGGUCUACGGGAGAGCCCUUCGCUCUCCGCUUCGAAUGCUGAGAGAAAUGUGGGAAGGGACGGGAGAAAACCAAACGGUUGUAGACUAUGUGUUGGAGUUGCUGGAACGGCUAAGUGUUACGCGUGAACUAGUGGACAAAAACAUGAAAGCGGCUCAAGAAACCGCUAAAGUGUACUAUGACAGGAACGCACGACUCCGAACCUUUGAGGUUGGUGAUCGUGUAAUGAUUCUUAGAACGGCGCGAAAGAACAAACUUGAAGUUCACUGGGAGGGGCCCGUAGAGGUCAUUGACAAGCUGUCGCAAACUAACUAUGCGCUGAAAAUGCCCGGACAUCGAAAACAAGUGAAAAUCUAUCACUGCAACCUGAUGAAACCGUUCGUUGAAAGACAGGGUGUCGUUAACCUAACGUUAAACAUGCCCGAGGAGCUACCUACCGAAAUUCCAGAAUGGAACGGAAUCAGCCCAGGCGCUGAAAGCAGUGUGGAUGAAAUCAUGGCACGUUGCGUGAACGCAGAGCUUCUUGACCAAGCGCAGGUAGAUGAUCUAAAAGUACUCUUAAACGAGUUUAGCGACACUUUCAGUGAUCGACCGGGAAGGACAGACCUCAUGACUCAUGAGAUAGAGCUCAUUUCAACCGAGCCAGUCAGGUCCAAGGCGUACAGGGUGUCGCCUCGUCAGAAGGAGAUCAUCGAGGCUGAGAUAAAGCACAUGCUGGAUCUUGGGGUAAUCGAGCCCGCCGAAAGCGACUACGCGUCGCCCUUGAUUCUCGUCGAGGCUCCCGGUAAAGACCCCCGGCCGUGUGUGGAUUACAGGAAGCUAAACGCAAUCACAAAGGACCAGCUAUAUCCUAUUCCUAACAUUGAGGAGAGGUUAGAAAGGGUAAGCGCCGCGAGGUACAUUUCGACACUCGAUCUCGUACGCGGUUAUUGGCAGGUUCCUAUGUCGGAAAGUGCGAGCCGGUACGCCGCGUUCAUUUCUCCGGUGGGGACUUUCCGGCCUCUCGUACUGAGCUUCGGGCUCAAGAACGCGCCAUUCAGCUUCUCGAAAUUGAUGGACAAAGUCCUGAAAGGUAUGGACGGUUUUGCGCUCCCUUAUUUAGAUGAUGUCGCGAUAUUUUCCGACACGUGGGAGGAGCAUAUCGUCCACCUAAGAAGCGUGUUCACUAGGUUGCGUGACGCGGGGCUAACCAUGAAGGCCAAAAAGUGCAAUCUUGGUUGUUCCCAUGUGAGUUACCUGGGUCAUGUUGUUGGCCAGGGAACGAGGCGGCCUUCGGAGCUCAAGAUUGCUCCGAUUGCCGACUUUCCGACACCCCGGACAAAGACUGACAUUCGCUCGUUCCUGGGACUCGUCGGGUAUUACCAGCGCUACAUACCCAACUAUUCCCAGGUAGCAAGCCCCUUGACUGAUGCACUCCGAAAGGGAGAGCCGGGUAACGUAGUUUGGGACGCGGCGAAGGAAAGCGCGUUUCAAAGUUUAAAGGGGGCGCUGAUUUCCGGUCCCGUGCUUCGUGCACCAGAUUACGACAAAGAGUUCAUAGUGCAAUGUGACGCUAGUGACAGAGGGCUGGGGGUGGUGUUAAGUCAGCUGGGAGAUGACCAGGAAGAACAUCCAAUUUUGUACGCUAGUCGUAAACUAACCGUGAGAGAGGAGGCUUACUGCGCCUCUGAAAAGGAGUGCGCUUGUUUGGUGUGGGCGGCACAGAAGUUGUCGUGCUACCUGUAUGGGGCGAAGUUCACCUUCGAGACCGAUCAUUGUCCCCUUACGUGGCUUCGCCAAAUGUCGCCCAAAAAUGGCCGCUUGCUCCGAUGGAGUCUCACUCUCCAGCAAUAUAACUUCAGCGUCAGGUACAAGAAAGGUAAAUUGAACGGCAAUGCCGAUGGGUUGAGCAGAUUUUUCUGAUAUCACCAAAAACAGUAGGGAUAUGAUCUCAGAGGUUUUCGUCAUCCACGGGAAUGAGGAUCAAAGUGGGGACACUUCGUUAAAACCCCAAAAUGACCUCACAAAUUGCGAAGUUUUGUCUUUUUGUAUUUUGUUCAUAGUGACCUCUUUGGAAAAAUGAGUUGCUUUGGCGA